AUGGCUUCUGUGAAUUGGGUAUUAGUUAUAACUGAGUUUUUUAUUCUUUCACAUCUUGUUGGUCUCACCAUUACCCAUGCAGAUUCUCGGUGCGGAAAACUAGGAAACUUUACCCAGAACAGUGCAUAUGAAAAGAACCUGAAUGAUGCGUUAUUGGCUCUUGCAGAAGCACCCACCGGAAAUAGUUUCUUUUCAAGAUCUUCAAAUUCUUCACAAGACAAUGAGUCAAGCACAGCUUAUGCCAUCGCAAUAUGCCCCGGAGACAUUCAAAAUGAUACCUGUCUUGGCUGUGUGAGGGGUGCACCCAAUCGGCUAAAACUGGAAUGUCCUAACCAAAAGAAAGCCACAGCUUGGUAUUAUCGUACCUGUAUUCUCAGCUACUCCAAUAGCAGCUUUGACAUACGUGAUGGCUAUGAGGAAGACGUUCUAUCCUUUCCAGCAAGGUAUAUCCCUAAUUGGGAUUUAGUCGUUGAGACCCUAAUGAACUUGUUGAAACAGUUACUCGAUACAGCAGCUACUGAUGGUUACAAUCAAACAUUUUACUUUGAAAGCGCCAGUUUACCAAGUUCUCGGGGAGAUAUUGAAGUGACUAUGCAAUGCAUUCCGACUAUAUCUCUCAACAAAUGUGAAGAGUGUUUGGUUAACGCUACUGAGUAUCUACUAGCAUCGUAUAAUGGAAGUACUGACGGAUUAGUUUACUACAGAUACUCAUGUUUGAUAAGAUACAUAAUAGAUCUUGUUAACACUGUGGAUCAAUCAUCACCAAUGCCACCAACAAAUUUGCCAUCAAUUCCACCUCCAGGGAAAAAUAGAUCAAAGGUCAUCGUUCCAGUAGUAGCAGUGGCAACAGUAACAUUGGCCAUCUCGACCUUCUUUAUUUGCCUAAAGGUUCGAAGGAUCGGCAGUAAAAAAGAGGAAGAGGAAGAACUGUUUGAAGGAUCAGAUGAUGACACUGGCGAAAUUAUUUACUUCAGACUAAACAAAAUUCAAGCCGCUACUCGUAAUUUCUCGGAUGCAAAUAAGCUUGGAGAAGGUGGAUUUGGUUCUGUUUAUUGGGGAAUCCUCUCUGAUGGUAAAAAGAUAGCAGUGAAAAGACUUUCCCAAAACUCAAGUCAAGGAAUGAAAGAAUUCAAAACAGAAGUAAAACUAAUAAUAACGCUACAACACAAAAAUUUGGUGAAGCUUUUGGGUUGUUGUAUGAAAGGGAAGGAAAGGCUCCUUGUUUAUGAAUACAUGUCUAACAGUAGCCUUGAUAAGUAUCUUUUUGAUCCUAAAAAAGCAAAAGAACUGGACUGGGCUAAGCGUGUCAACAUAGUGAAUGGAAUAGCAAAGGAUUUUGGCACUGCGAGAAUUUUUGGAUCUAAUCAAAUUGAAGCUAAUACUAACAGAGUUGUUGGAACCUAUGGAUACAUGGCACCUGAGUAUGCAAUGGAGGGGUUGUUCUCAAUCAAAUCUGAUGUGUAUAGUUUUGGUGUUCUUCUGCUUGAAAUUAUUUCUGGGAAAAGGAACAGCAGGUUGUUCUACGAAGAGCAUGAUCAAAACCUUCUCUACUAUGCAUGGAUGUUAUGGGAAGAAGGAAAAGGAGAGCAACUGAUAGAUGAAAAUAUGGAUGAUGAUUGUCCUGUCGAUGAGGGUCUCAAAUGGAUGCGUAUUGCUCUACUAUGCGUUGAAGAAGAUCCAAAUGAUCGUCCCACUAUGUCUUCGGUCGUUUUUAUGCUUGAAGGUGAAUGGAAAUUUCUUUCUGAUCCUAAACCACCCAUGUCAUUCGGCCAAUUUAUCACCUUUGAUAACUUUUCGUCAACUUGGAAUGGCGAUGAAUUUGGGCUUUAUUCAGCUAAUGAAACUCAGACAGGGAAAUCUUCAGAAAGUAGAGGCAUCGGUGAUCGGGGUGUGUAA